AUGGCAUACGUUUUAACCGAAACCGCUGCCGGUUAUGCUUUAUUAAAAGCAUCAGACAAGAAGAUUCACAAGUCAUCAAGUUUAAUUGAAGAUUUAAAUACUGCUGAAAAAGUUGCCCAACAAUUCAAGAUUCAUCGUUUUGAAAAGUUUCAAAGUGCAGCUAAUGCUUUAGAAGAAGCCAAUGCAAUCAUCGAAGGAAGAGUUUCUGAUAACUUAAAAAGACUUUUGGAAGAAUCUAAAUCUGAUAAAAAGGCUACUUUAAUUGUUUCUGAAACUAAAUUAGGUAAUGCCAUUAAUAAAUUAGGUUUAAAUUAUUCAGUCAUUUCCGAUGCUGCUUCAUUAGAUUUACAUCGUGCAAUUAAACAAUUCUUACCUGAUUUAUUACCUGGUUUAGAUGAUUCCUCCUUAAAUCAAAUGUCCCUUGGUUUAGCCCAUUCCAUUGGUCGUCAUAAAUUGAAAUUCUCCGCUGAUAAAGUUGAUACCAUGAUCAUUCAAGCUAUUGCCCUUUUAGAUGAUUUAGAUAAAGAAUUAAAUACCUAUGCUAUGCGUUGUAAGGAAUGGUAUGGAUGGCAUUUCCCAGAAUUAGCCAAAAUGAUUACUGAUUCCGUAGCAUAUGCUAGAAUUAUUUUGACUAUGGGUGUAAGAUCAAAUGCCAGUGAAACUGAUUUAUCAGAAAUUUUACCUGAAGAAAUUGAAGAACAAGUUAAAACCGCUGCCGAAAUUUCUAUGGGUACUGAAAUUACUGCUAAUGACUUAGAUAAUAUUAAAGCCCUUGCUGAACAAAUUGUUGAUUUUGCAGCUUAUAGAGAACAAUUAUCCAAUUAUUUAUCUUCUCGUAUGAGAGCCAUUGCUCCAAAUUUGACUGCCAUGCUUGGUGAAUUAAUUGGUGCUAGAUUAAUCGCUCAUGCCGGGUCUUUAACUUCUUUAGCUAAAGCUCCAGCUUCUACUAUCCAAAUCUUAGGUGCUGAAAAGGCAUUAUUCAGAGCAUUGAAGACAAAACAUGAUACACCAAAAUAUGGUUUAAUCUACCAUGCUUCAUUGGUUGGACAAGCUUCAGGUAAGAAUAAAGGAAGAAUUGCUAGAGUUUUGGCUGCUAAAGCUGCCCUUUCUUUAAGAUAUGAUUGUUUUGAUGAAGAAAGAGAUGAAUCUGAUGAUUUUGGUUUAGAAAAUAGAGCUAAGGUUGAAAGUAGAUUGAGUCAAUUAGAAGGUAGAGAUAUGAGAACUACUUCCAAGGUUGUUAGAGAACAAGCUAAAGUUGAUAUAACUGAAGCUAGAGCUUAUAAUGCCGAUGCUGAUGCCGCUGCUCCAGCUGCUUCUGAAUCUGAUGUUGAUUCUGAUGAUGAAGCUGAAGAAUCUGAAGAACCAGUUGUUGAAAAGAAGGAAAAGAAAGAAAAGACGGAAAAGAAAGAAAAGAAGGAAAAGAAGGAAAAGAAGGAAAAGAAAGAUAAGAAAGAAAAGAAGGAAAAGAAAGAUAAAAAGAGAAAGAGAGAUGAAGAUGAAGAAGAAGAAGAAUCUUCAAAGAAACUGAAGAAGGACAAGAAAGAUAAGAAGAAAAAGAAGGAAAAGAAGUAA